UACUUCCUCGAUGACCAUUACGGAUAGUGUUUUGUUAAACAAAUAUCGAUUAACGUUAGUUUAUAUUCUAUAAGAACGAUGAGUGAGGCUCUUUUAGAGACCGCAGCAUGGGAAGAUUUAGCCAAUAUACCAGCAGACCCUCCAAAAAUGCGUCCCAUGUGUUCUAAGUGCUGCCGCCCUGUGGCCGUCUGCUGGUGCUCAGCGUUGCCUUCACAACUACUAAUUCCCGGUGGUCGCAUUGUUCUGCUGCAACAUCCUGCGGAAGAAAAACGAUCUUUACGAACUGCCCCCAUGCUUUCAGUAGGCUUGGCACCCGGCAAAUGUCUGAUUUACAAAGGCAAAAAGUUCCCUCGCCACGAUCACGAGUUGGAGUCCAUUCUGGCCGAUAAACGAUCGUUACUUCUUUAUCCCAGUGCUCAUUCGGUUCCGAUUGAACAAAUUGACCCGAGCGAAGGACCCUACAAUUUGAUCCUUAUCGAUGGAACGUGGCCACAGGCAAAAGCUAUCUACACCUGCUCCACUGCACUGCACGGAAUGCGGCAGGUAAAACUUAUAUCUUCCGGUACGAGCAACUACAUCAUACGAACCCAGCCAACAGACGGUUGUCUCAGUACCUUGGAAACGGCCAUCGAAGCACUUAGCCUCUUGGAGCGAGACGAACGGUACCGAGAGCAGCUGCUGCAACCCCUGCACGCACUUUGCCAAUUUCAGCUAGCAAACGGAGCGGUCACACACCAGUCCAAGGAGUUUCUCAUCCGCCACAACCAAUAUCCCAAACUGAUUGGCCGUCGAUUGAACCGACUGCUGAAGCGAGCGGAUAAUUUUAAGGACGAGCACGACACUGAAAGCGAUGACAAAGUUAGACCAUCAUCGUAGAAUGUGAAAAGACGAGACAAAGCAUUUUUCGUUUUUAAGAUUU